AUGCCUCCUGUGCUCGCCGAACUCAUUCGUCGCAACUUCGACCCUGGUGCCCCAUCGAGUGCCUUCUGGUCACAAUGGAAGAGUCCUGGCGAUGUAUUCUCUGUCCUGCUCAUCCUCGGCGGUGAUGUGGUAGCUCGUGCACUUGCUCAGCUUGCUGGAUCCCGCAUCACCCCAGUUGCAUUUUCCUUUGGAUGGGUCGCCUAUGCGGUCACGGCAGUCGUGUCUGCAAUUGGCGAAAACAAACUUAUGCCUCUUCCUGAUUGCGACUGCAAGGUCAUCAACGGCGAGUCUGGCCAUGUGCGCGACAACACUAGUUGGAUUAUUGGUCGAAUUGUGCGUGACUUUGAAAAUUGGAUGGACAAUGGCAAGCCGAACGGAGAAAUACGAACGCAAUUGAACAACCUGAUCCAGAAGCGCUGGGAAUAUGAAAUCGCAGAGGCGGAGAAAAAGCAUCCUGGGUCGGAGAAGAAUGUCGAACAACCUUCUCAAGCAGGCUUGUGUGUUUCAAUCUAUACGGCAGAACAAGCUCAGAAAGGAUAUCCGGGAUACGACCUCGUUUAUUGGAUUGGGUAUGUGACCACAUUCUUUCAAUUGGGCAUUGCAGCGAUUCCUUGCGGCAUCUAUGGCGACUGGGGCAUCUUCCUGAUUACCAUUGUGGGCAUCUCUCUCUCUUUCGUGACGGGAAGCCUUCCGCAGUGGUCGGAGGAAAAAUGGGCCUGCCGAAAGAAUUCCACGAAGAGUGUCAUUCUAACCAGAGGCAACGGCAGCCAACAUGCCAUUGUCGUCCUCGGUCAAGGAAAGGGGCUCGACCUUGAGGAUCUCGCUGCCGGCCAAACCAAUGUGGACGUUUCAGCCUCCUGGUUCACCAGGAUAUCCGUCGUUAUCCUGGCGACGCUCUGGAUUCUCUUGCUGAUCACGGCGGCGGGUAUCCAGCAGAAUACCUGGUAUCUCCUGGCCAUAGGUGGUAUUGGUAUACUCCAGAAUAUCUUUGUCGCAGGAUGGAGACGUUUCCCGAAGGCGUACGGCAUUCCGCUCACGUUCAAGGAGGUCAUUGGUAAGAACAAGGUGAUGGAUACCCUCUUUGCUGUUGAAGAGCUCUACCCGCAUGUCGGCGCAAGCAUGAGAGACACCUUCUUCCCGGGCAAGUUGAGAGAGCAUGAGGAGAAGAGAUGGGCCGAAUUCGAAAAGAUUGCCCAACAAAAGGACAAAGCUGUGAAGCAACAACGGGCUCAAGGCAAUCAACCAAACAGCGGAACUCGACCGAGUCACGAUAGCGUGCAACAACCUCCGAAAACUUGA